AUGUGGCAGCCGACACGGCUCCGGCCCCGCGCGUCCUGGCACUGGGCGCUGGCGCUGCUGACUCUGGGCGGCGCGGGGCUGUGCCACGCCGGCCCGCAGCCCAUGCAUCCCGCGCGGCCGGGAGCCAGGAACAAGAACUGGUGCGCCUACAUCGUGAACAAGAAUGUGAGCUGCUCUGUGCUGGAGGGAAGUGAGAGUUUUAUUCAGGCUCAGUACAACUGUGCCUGGAACCAGAUGCCCUGUCCGUCCGCGCUGGUGUAUCGUGUGAACUUCAGACCCAGAUAUGUCACCAAGUACAAGACAGUGACACAGUUGGAAUGGAGGUGCUGCCCUGGCUUUAGAGGGGGAGACUGCCAGGAAGGUCCCAGGGACCCUGUGAAGACUCCCCGCCCCACGCCCGCCCGGCCUCGAAAUAGCAUGAAGAAAGCCACAGAUAAUGAACCAAGCCAAGUCUCAGAGCCCAAGAAGACUUUGUCACCAACUCGUGCAGCGGAACCAAGCCAAACGGUAGAUCCCAAACAGGGGCCACAGGAACUUCAGGAACAGAAAAUCCAGGUGCUUGAAGAGAAGGUUCUCCGACUCACAAGAACAGUUCUUGAUCUCCAGUCUUCCAUUGCCGGAGUGAAUGAAAACCUCAAGCAUGCCAUUCAGGACGAUGCUAGCAAAAUGCUGGCAUCGUGGCUCAGUAAUCUGCACCUCCAGCCGGUGCUUGACAGUGCCGUUGGCGGAGACACAGAGACCAUCCAGCUUCCUGAUGUCCUCAACAAUAAGGAAUCUGGCAUGAAGGACAUCAAGUCUGAACUGGCUGAGGUCAAGGAUGCUCUGAAGAACAAGAGUGACAAGCUGGAAGAGCUGGAUGGGAAGGUAAAGGGGUAUGAAGGACAGCUCAAACAGCUCCAGGAGGCUGCCCAGGGCCCUACGGUGACCAUGACGACCAAUGAGCUCUACCAAGCCUAUGUCGAUAGUAAGAUUGAUGCCCUGAGAGAGGAGCUCAUGGAGGGAAUGGACAGAAAGCUGGCCGAUCUGAAGAACUCAUGCGAGUACAAGCUGAUUGGUCUCCAACAGCAGUGUGAUGACUAUGGGAGCAGCUACCUAGGAGUGAUUGAGCUUAUAGGAGAGAAGGAAACAAACCUGAAAAAAGAAAUAAAUGAUCUUCGAGCCCAGGUACAAGAUCCUUCAGCUCAGUCAAAUUGCUGUGGUGGUGAAAAGAAUGGUGACUUUGGGCAACAGAUCAAGAUGUUAGACCAGAAAAUUGAAAGAGUUGCUGAAGCCACCAGAAUGCUGAAUGCACGACUCGACAAUGAAUUUGACCGCCUUGUAGUUCCAGAGCCAGAUGUGGACUUUGAUGCCAGAUGGAAUGAACUAGAUGCAAGGAUCAAUGUGACAGAGAAGAACGCGGAAGAACAUUGCUUUUACGUUGAAGAAACCCUUCGGGGGACCAUUAAUGGUGAGGUAGAUGACCUGAAGCAACUUCUUGAUCAGAAAAUACAGUCUUUGGAAGAGCGCCUGGGGAGUGUUCUCCUGGAGGUGGCCAACAGUACUGAGGCAGAACUCACCCCCUCAGCCUCAGCCUUACCGGGUGUGUCAGGGGCUGGGAACAAACAGGUCAUGAUAGAGUUAAAUCACCUGAAGAACAAAGUUCAAGUUGUUGAGGAUAUUUGCCGGCAGAACUUUCAGAGAGAGCCUCAUGGCGUAGAAGAUACUUUGCCAAAUGGAGAAGACCACAUAACGGGUGAUAGUUUGAACCUUUUGAAAUCUGUGAAUGACACAAUGCAUAGGAAGUUUCAAGAAACUGAACAAAGCAUCCAGAAACUUCAACAGGAUUUUAGUUUUCUUUAUUCUCAACUAAACCACACAGAGGACGAUGUGAAUCAUCUCCAGAAUGAGCUGAGCAGCUGUAGAGAAGGUAAAAGUGCUGCAGUGGGUGGGUUUCCUAAGGGGGGCGAGCAAGGAAGGACGGUGGAGCCCCUCCCAUCUCCCUGGGACCCCAAGGCUCAUUGCUGCAGCCAGCUGGAGGAGAGGUGGCAGCACCUGCAGAGCCGGGUCCUCUCUGAGCUGGACACUUGUAGGGAAAACAUGCACGGGGUCCGGAGGGAUGUCUCCGUGGUUGAGAGCAGGGUAUCUCAAAUGGAGAAAACCUGCAGCAAGCUGGACUCCAUCUCAGGAAGUCUUCAGAGGAUCAAGGAUGGGCUCAACAAGCAUGUCAACAGCCUCUGGAGUUGUGUCAGGCAGAUGAAUGGGACACUCUGGUCACAUUCCAGAGACAUAUCUGGCCUGAAGAAUUCAGUCCAGCAGUUCUAUAGCCACGUUUUCCAGAUUUCUACCGACUUGCAAGAUCUGAUCAAAUUUCAGCCAUCAGCAAAAGCGCCGCCGCCCCCGCCCCGAGGAAAGACCCCGCAGGUGCCUGGAAGGCCCUCCCACCCGGCUCUGGAGGAGGCCCCCACGGAGGCCUCUCAUCCCGAGCCAACCCCUCUGCCGACACCGAGCGCUCCCCCGCUUCCUGAGGACCCCAGAAGACGGCCACACACAGGCCAGCGGCCUGCCCUGCCCAAGAGACCCCCGCACCCGCUGCCCCCGCCAACAUGGCCGGGCUGGACAGGGAUGCCCUACUUGCCCGGCUCCACCGGGGUCAUUAUGGAGACUGGAGAGGCCGGGCCUCCGGGGAGGAUGGGCGUGUCGGGGAGGGGCCUGCCCCAAGGAGUGGACGGCCAGACGGGGCAGGGGCCCAUCCCCAGCGCUGAAGGCUUCGCGGGAGCACCAGGAUACCCCAACUCCCCUCCGGUAGCCUCCCCAGGGAUUCCAGUGCCUUCUCUGGUGUCUUUCUCUGCGGGGCUCACUCAGAAGCCUUUCCCCAGCGAUGGGGGCGUCGUCCUCUUUAACAAAGUGCUGGUGAACGAUGGAGAUGUGUACAACCCCAACACUGGCAUCUUCACGGCUCCGUAUGAUGGGCGCUACCUGAUCACGGCCACCCUCACUCCUGAGAGGGACACGUAUGUGGAAGCUGUCCUGUCGGUCUCCAAUGCCAGUGUGGCCCAGCUGCAUACGGCCGGCUACAAGAGGGAGUUCCUGGAAUACCACCGGCCCCAAGGGGCUCUGCACACUUGUGGGGGCCCGGGGGCGUUCCACCUCGUCGUGCACUUGAAGGCAGGAGAUGGUGUCAACAUCGUGGUGACUGGGGGCCGGUUGGCUCACACGGACUUUGAUGAAAUGUACUCCACGUUUAGUGGGGUUUUCUUAUAUCCUUUCCUUUCUCACCUCUAG